AUGUCGGGAGUGUGCUGUAAGCACGUGCAUAUGGUCCACCUCAAAUUUGCGCCCGAUAAUAAUUCUUUGGACAUCACUGACGGAGGUCCGGGGUUGGAUCAUAUCGAAAUUGCCGCCUUCGAUGAUGUCGAACAUGCCGAGAAUCUCGUUGAACAAAACAGGAAUCAAGAGAACGAUAAAGAAAACGCUGCGCCAAAGGAGAAUCCGAAUAAGCAAACCACACUCGCUGCUGAAAUUAAGUACGCCAAGGAGAAACUACGCAACAACCUCGCCGGACUUCGGUUUGAUGUUCUAGCGUACCAGGGUCAGGCUGAACAAGACUUAGAACUCCUCCAAAAUGUCAACGAAGAGAUUGAGAAGCUUACUCAGAAGUUCAAAAAUGAUAUGGCCUCUAGCUCGCGGCUGGCUCUUCGAGACGAACGAGACGGCCCGAUCCGCGAAGCAGCGGCCCGAUUCCAACACGAACGUCUAGAACGUCGCACUGAGCAUAAUAGAACAACGGCUGCAAAGCGGAAGGCUCAA